AUGUGUUCGCUUCGAGACUCGAAGGGUUGCACAUGGUUGGUACACACGCAAGUGUUGGACGCUAAUGGUUUUUUCUACCUUCGUAAAUGGAACAAUGAACACAUUUGUGGCGUCGCUAUUCGUACAGUCAACAACCACCAUCUUGGAUCAGACUUGGUCUCCGACAUCUUCGCACACCGUAUCCGCGACAAGCCUUUAACCAGGCCUACUGAUGUUGCAUUUGAUUUGAAAAAAAAUUACGGCCUUGAAAUAAGUUGCUGUGUUGCUUGGUUAGGUGUUGAAAAAGCCAGAGGCGAGUUAUUUGGGGCCCAAAGUGCAUCUUUCGAUCAACGAAGAUGGUACAGUAGGGCCGUGACGGAACACAACCCAGAUGGCACUUUCUCGAAGGAGAGGUUCAAAGGGAAUUUACUUGCUGCCACGUCUAAAGAUGAAAACCGAGGAUUGUUCCCAGUCGUAUUUGUGAUUGUUGGUGCAGAAAAAGCAACAAACUGGUCAUGGUUUUUGCAACAUCUUCGUAACGAGCUCGAUGAUGACAGAACGUUUACAUUCAUAUCAGAUUGGCAUGUUGGCCUCAUGAAGGCAAUGCCCAUUAUCUUCCCGAAUGCUCACCAUGCAUUUUGUAUGCAACACAUUCGGAGGAACCUAAGGGACAAACUGACAUAUAUGAAUAAUUUCCAUCAGAUUGGGUUGAUAACCAAGUUCAACAACUAUGCUUACGCACCGACUGUUAUUGCAUUUGAAGAGAUGGUAGGAAAGUUCACCAAUUCCGGUAAGAAAAUUGCAAUCGAUUUCUCGAAAAUCUACCUCCACAACAUUGGGCGAACGCUUAUUUCAGGUGCGUACCUUAACAUGUUCCAAUUGUACCUUCCGUUUCCAACAUACACCAUGUAG